CUGCGCGCUGCAUUCCUUUGAGGGUCGUGGGCAGACGCCAUUUUCGCCCCAGAGGUGCUUCUGGGAAGUAGAGCGCGGAUCCACACGCCUGCCCGCUUGCCAGGUACGGCCUCUUGUGCCGGGGCUUUUAGUUCGAAGUGUUUGCGCCUGCCGCAGCUGCUGUUUUACUCUCCGCACUCUCGAAACCCUCUAGUCGAGCGGGAGCUUCUGAGCAUCGGGCCGCGCCAUCGGGGGGUCACAUCGCCAGGAAGGAGGUGACGGGGGUGGCGCGGGGCGCGGACACUCCCCGCCGAGAGCCCGCCUGCCAUGGAUUCGGAAUAUUACAGCGGCGACCAGUCAGCAGAUGAUGGUGGCGCUACCCCAGUACAGGAUGAACGGGAUUCAGGGUCAGACGUUGAGGAUGAUGUAAAUGAGCAGCACUCUGGAUCAGACACUGGAAGUGUAGAACGUCAUUCAGAGAAUGAACCUAGUGAUCGAGAGGAUGGCCUCAACAAAAGGCACCAUGUGACAGAUUCUGAGAAUGAUGACCCCUCAAAUCUUAAUGCCAGUGACUCUGAAAGUGAGGAGCUUCAAAGGCAGAAGGACAGUGACUCUGAAUCUGAAGAGCACGCAGGGCCUCCUGCAAGUGAUUCUGAAAAUGAGGACACUAAUCAGCAUGGGAGCGACUCUGAGAGUGAGGAGACCAGGAAGUUACCUGCCAGUGACUCUGAAAAUGAGGAACUUCUUAAUGGGCAUGCAAGUGACUCAGAAAAUGAAGACGUUAGAAAGCAUCCUGCCAGUGAUUCAGAAAUGGAAGAGCUCCCUAAAAGUCCUGCCAGUGACUCUGAAACAGAGGAUGCUCUAAAACCUCAAAUCAGUGACUCUGAAAGUGAGGAACCUCCACGGCACCAAGCCAGUGAUUCUGAAAACGAGGAGCUUCCCAAACCUCGAAUUAGUGAUUCUGAAAGUGAGGAGCUUCCUAAGCCUCGGGUCAGUGACUCGGAAAGUGAGGAGCCUCAGAGGACUCAGGCCAGUGACUCAGAAAAUGAGGAGCUUCCCAAACCCCGUAUCAGUGACUCAGAAAGUGAGGACCCGCCAAGGCACCAAGCCAGUGACUCAGAAAAUGAGGAGCUUCCCAAACCCCGUAUCAGUGACUCAGAAAGUGAGGGUCCCCCAAGGCAUCAAGCCAGUGACUCAGAAAAUGAGGAGCUUCCCAAACCCCAGAUUAGCGAUUCGGAAAAUGAGGACCCCCCAAGGAACCAGGCCAGUGAUUCAGAAAAUGAGGAGCUUCCCAAGCCCCGAGUCAGUGACUCUGAGAGUGAGGAGCCUCAGAAGGGACCUGCCAGUGAUUCUGAAACUGAGGAUGCCUCCAGACACAAACAGAAGCCAGAGUCAGAUGAUGACAGUGAUGGGGAGAAUAAGGGAGAGGAUACAGAAAUGCAAAAUGACUCCUUUCAUUCAGAUAGCCAUGUAGACAGAAAAAGGAUCCAGAGUUCUGACAGCGAGGAAGAAGAACCCAAAAGGCCAAAAACUGACAGUGAUGAAGAUGAUGAAAAGGUGGGGGAGGAGGAGAAAGUAGCGAAGCGAAAAGCUGCUGUCCUUUCUGAUAGUGAAGAUGAAGAGAAAGCAUCAGCAAAGAAGAGUCGUGUUGUCUCUGAUGCAGAUGACUCUGACAGUGAUGUUAUAUCAGACAAAUCAGGCAAAAGAGAGAAGACUCUAGCAUCUGACAGUGAAGAAGAAGUAGGGAAAGAAGAGUUGUCUGAUAAGAAAAAUGAAGAGAAGGAUCUGUUUGGGAGUGAUAGUGAGUCGGGGAAUGAAGAAGAAAAUCUUAUUGCAGACAUAUUUGGAGAAUCUGGUGAUGAAGAGGAAGAAGAAUUUACAGGUUUUAACCAAGAAGAUUUAGAAGAAGAAAAAAGUGAAACACAGGUAAAAGAAGCAGAAGAUUCAGAUUCUGAUGAUAACAUAAAGAGAGGAAAACAUAUGGACUUUCUGUCGGAUUUUGAGAUGAUGCUGCAGCGGAAAAAGAGCAUGAGUGGCAAGCGCAGGCGUAACCGUGAUGGUGGCACUUUUAUUAGUGACGCUGACGAUGUAGUGAGUGCCAUGAUUGUCAAGAUGAAUGAAGCUGCUGAGGAAGACAGACAGUUGAACAAUCAAAAAAAGCCAGCACUGAAAAAAUUAACAUUAUUACCUACUGUGGUCAUGCACCUUAAGAAACAGGACCUUAAAGAAACAUUUAUCGACAGUGGUGUGAUGUCUGCCAUCAAAGAAUGGCUCUCCCCUCUACCGGAUAGGAGUUUGCCAGCAUUAAAGAUUCGAGAGGAGCUGUUGAAGAUUCUGCAAGAGCUACCUAGUGUGAGCCAGGAGACCCUGAAGCAUAGUGGGAUUGGACGAGCAGUGAUGUAUCUCUAUAAACACCCCAAGGAAUCAAGGUCCAACAAGGAUAUGGCAGGGAAAUUAAUCAAUGAAUGGUCUCGGCCUAUAUUUGGUCUUACUUCAAACUACAAAGGUAUGACAAGAGAAGAAAGAGAGCAGAGAGAUCUAGAACAAAUGCCUCAACGACGGAGAAUGAACAGCACUGGCGGUCAGACACCCCGAAGAGACCUGGAAAAGGUGCUAACAGGAGAAGAGAAUUAUCUCCACAGAAACCAUUAUGGAAUCGAGAAAGUAUAGAGUAAGAAAUAAACCACACCACUGGGUGUAACCAGUGAAGGUAAGUGAGUGGGUAUUGUCCUGCAUGUUGGAGGAGACCCUAGAGAAUGAGGCCAUGCUGGAGAGGGGCAGUGGCAAAGGGCAUGGGCCAUUGCAGAGGCUACAGAGGAGUUUGUGCAGUGAGUGUUGGCAGUCAGGCAGCACCCAGAUUGCAAGAGAGAGGGAGAGGAGCUAGAGGGCGCCAGUGUUGUUGGUUUAUGGAUAGGUUUGAUGAUGGGACAGGUGGCAACUUUAGGGGAGAAUAAGUUACGAGAAUUUUCUUUGGCUAGCCACUUAAUUUAUUCAUGUAUUUGAAGCUUAUAGAAACUUGAUAUUAAGAAUAGAUUAAACUCGGGUGCCUGGGUGGCUCAAUCAGUUAAGUGUCUGACUCUAGAUUUUGGCUCAGGUCAUGAUCUCAGGGUUGUGAGAUCGGGCUGUGCACCGGGGGUGGAGCCUGCUAAAGAUUCCCCCCUCUCCCCUCCCAACUCCCUCGCUCUCUGUCACGCUGUCUCUCUCUUAAAAAAAGAUUGUACUCUGUACAAGGGAAUAAAAAUUAUUUAGAAUUUUUUAUCCUUCUCUCCCACUCCAGCCUUCCCCCACACAGACACACGUAUACCCACUCUUCAUUUACUGGUAGGGUGAAUAGUUACCUAAAGGUUGAGUGAUUGGAAUACCCAGACAUUUACAAAUAGGCUUUACUUUUAAAGGAUGCUAGUCUUAAUUUAGUCUCAAAUUUGUACAUAAAAGUAACUGUAUAUCACACCAUCAAAUGCUGGCAAGGAUGUUGAGAAACCUCAUUCAUACCUUGCUGUAGGUAAAAUGAUACAGCUACUCUGGAAAACAGUUUGGCAGUUGCAUAUAAAGUUAAACAUGCAACCACCAUAUGACCCAGCACUUGCACUCCUGGGUAUUUUUCCCAGAGAAAUGAACAGUUAUGUUUGUGCAAAAAACCUAUAUAUGAGUGUACAGCUUUAUUCAUAAUAGUCCAGAACUGGAAACAACCUAGAUGUCCUUAAGCAGGUGAAUAGUCAAACUAUGGUACAUUGGUACCAUAGAGUACUGCUCAGCAAUUAAAAGGAAUAAAAUAUUGUUAGAUGUAACAACGGAUCCUCAUGGGCAUUGUGUUUAGUGGAUAAAGCCAGUUUCUAAAGAUUAUGUAGUGUAUUCCAUUUAUAUAACAUUCUUGAAAUGCUAAAAUUACAGAAAUGAAGAACAGAAUUCGUAGUCACCAGGUGCUAGGGGCUGGCAGAUGGGGUAGGAGGGUGGAUGUGUUUUUAUAAAAGGGCAAUAGGAAGGACCCUUGUGAAUACACGAACCUGCACAUGUGAUAAAAUUGCAUAGAACUAAUAAACACAGAAACACACACAAAUGAAUGCAGGUAAAACUGGGGAAGUGUAAAUAAAACCGAUGGACUUAUAUCAACAUCAGUAUCCUAGUUCUUGUAGGAUAGUUUUGCAUCUUUGACCAUUGGGAGAGACACUGGCUCUCUCUUAUUUCUUAAAACUACAUGUGAAUCUCUGAUUAUCUCAACUUUUAAAAAGAAGCAAAAAUUAUUGUAUUAGUUGCGUAUGAAACACCAUAAAAACUACUUUAUGGGCAUACUGAGUUUUGGGGGAUCAUUUUGGCUACCAGAUUUUUCACCUCACAAGUGAGCCCAUGAGGGACUCCACUAGGCCAGGAAAUUGGAAUUUGGGGUUCUGAUGUGGGAACCAGCCCUGGAAAGGAGAGAGGCUUGAUUAUAUCUGAAGCUGAGGAGAGGCUAAAAGGACUCCUGAAAAUGCAGAGGAAGUUGGUUUUGGGAGGGAAGUUGAAGAAUUUUUAGAGUAAUGUGAGUGAUGGCGAAGUCAGCUACAGCAGGAGGGUGGAUUGGGUAACCUGGGGAGGCAGAGGAAGUUUGAAAUACCUGGGCAGCUGAAUCAGCUGACCCAGCUGUGGUUGGCUACAUAAUAGCAUGCUCUU